CUACUCAAAGUUUAAAAAUUAUGGGGAAAAAAUCAAAUGGGAAAGGAAAUGGGAGUAUAUAAAAACAGGGAGUAAGAACUGCGUGACAUUUGCGGGCGGGGCGGGCACAACCAUGACACCGUUGCAAUUUUAACUAACCAGAUGCGGCCUUUUUGAAUUAUAGCGCUGGCGGGACUAUAAAAGCCUCCCCCAUCCACCUUCUUCUUCUUCUUCUUCCAUUCCAAACCUGCAAAUCCGCAACAGACAUUCGAACAGAAAAAUGAGCUCGAGCACAGGAAACUUGACCAUGGGGAAACGAAUUCGGAAAAUGAGACCGCUCUGUUGCUGCGUCUCUCCUCGAUUCAAGCCUCUCUUUCCUCAUCCUAUCUUCUCCCGGUAUGAAGAGGACACAUGGACUGAGGUUGCCAAGUAUUUGGAUGGGAAAUCUCUGAUAAUGCUUGCAGCAACUUGUAAGUGGUUCCAUCAUGUUAUUAUGGUUGAGAGUGUUUGGAAGUAUGCUUGUUUGCGUGACCUUGAUGUGCCUGAUCCUGGGAAAGUGGGCUGCAAAUGGAUCCAACUCUAUGCUACAGCCUUUGGUGGUAGUCAUUCUUACAUGUUCCGCCAGAAGGACAAGCACAUUGACUGGAUGCGCAUUGGAGCUUUUGUGUUUGAUUCACAAGCUGCACUUCUCACAGAAAAUCUAAUUGCCCCUUUUAGAAUCCCAAAAGAAGAGACAACACAAGAAAUGGUGGCUCAGAAUGGCAAAUGUGUGGCAAGUCCUAUCAGGAGUGGCAUAUGGCUUGCUGAUUUACAACUUGUUCAUUGCCCAGUUUGUGACCUCAAUACCUGUGAUGGAACUAUGCAAACACUAGAUGCAAGACACAUUGAGUUGUUCUUGAGUGAGGGGUACCAGGAUGGGAGCUGGGACUAUGAGUUGCUGGGGACCCAUGAAUUGAAGAAGAGAGCAGAAGGAGCAACUGCUGCAAUUUUUGAUAUCAAACAUCUCCAAGAUCGCACCACACAAAUGGUCCUUGAUUUUAAGUCAUGGAAGGGAAAGGAGAAUGACUGGCAGCCUAAAUCUAUUGUAGCCCGGCACGCAGUUGCAAUCAACACCAACUUACAGUUAAAUGAAGGUCUUCAGGUGAAAUACCAUGGCAUGAAGGCAGGAAGCAAUGGUGAAAUAGUUGCAAUCAGGAUAUCUCAGCAACUACUUUACCAAGAAGGGGGUGGGGUGUCCAUACGCUUCCCUUUCGGCUUACAAAACCAGGACACGUUCAUGAGCUGCGCCUAUGAUCCGUUGUUCACUCUGAGAUGCAGCAGCAAUUCCAGCAGCAGCAAGGUGGUUCUGAACCUCCCCUGUUGUGGAGACUUCUUCGUCCGCGGCAUCGACUACCUGGCCCAACAAAUCACACUCUACGACCCGAAGAACUGCCUCCCCAAGAGGUUCUUGAAUCUGGACAGCCUCUCCUCCUCCCCCUUUGCGCCUCUGCAUUACCGCAACUACACCUUCCUCAAGUGCCCCAAACACGCCUCCUUGAAGAGUGCCGCCAACUUCUCCUCCUUCUCCGUCAUACACUGCCUCAGCAACUCCACCGUCUCCGUGGUGGCCACUUCUUCCCCGAACGUCACGAGAGCUUUGAGUGAGAACGCUUGCGAGACGUACGCCGCUGAUGUGCGGGUCCCGGUCUCGGAUGACUGGGUUUCCUCCUCCUCCUCCGGUGGUGGUGGUGGUGGUGAAUUCAGGCUGGGAUGGAGUUCUCCCGAUUGCAGGUCGUGCGAGGCCGAGGGUGGCGUCUGUGCAUUUGCUCCCUAUGCAGAUUAUACCAUCCAGUCUGUGGGUUGCAAUUACUACAACUCCACCCUACCUCCUUCGCCCGGAAGCUCGGCAAGGAAAAAGGGGACAAGGAUUUUCUUGAUUAGUGUGUUGUGCAUAAUCUUCCCUGGUGCUAUAUUCAUGGCCUGCACGGGGUGCUUCGCGUACAUCAGGGCGCAUCAGCACUACAGACACCUGCUACGCUGGUCUCACACCAGCGGCGGUGGCAGGACCAGAGCAGUGCAGCCGAACCCAGUUGUGGGGACCACAAGGACUGCUCCCCAAACACGGCGGGGAGAGCAGAACCCAGAAGCGGGGACCACAAGGACUGCUCCCCAGACACGGCGAGGAGAGCAGAACCCAGUCGUUGGGACCACAAGCACCGCACCCCAUGCACGGCGAGGCGCGUGGAACCCCCCGGCCAGGCCUCAACCAGCCCUACAGAGCCUGUCGGAGCAAGAGACAGUCCCCCCCAGACGGACAAACAUAGACAUCAGGUGCUACACUAUAAGGGUGUACCGCGAAGAAGAUGGGGGGAUACUCCCAAGGCCGGGGCAGAACACUUGUGCCAUUUGCCAAGAAGAUUACCAGCCGGAACAGGGGCUAGGGUUGAUGCAUGGCUGUCAGCACUCUUUCCAUGCCCACUGCCUCGCCACAUGGUUGCAAGCCAAGUCCACAUGUCCCAUUUGCAGGAAUUCUCCAUUUUGCCCCCAAGAUAUUGUAACCCUUGGGACGACGGAUAUGGCGAUUCAACGGUCACGGGACACUGGCAGCAGCAAUUGGGAUUUUUUUUGGAGUCCUCUCAGAGAGAAUACAGCAAUGGGGUUUGAAGGCGAUGGCGGGCAGCUUCCAAGUGCCAACCCUUACAUGUCUGCUUUGUAGGGAAUCCACUUCCUCCCAUUGUUGUGUUCACAAAUACCUGGCCUGAUGCAAUUUUGUAAAAGCAGCUAUUUGCAACUCUGAAAUAUCAUUUCUAUAUGUCACUAUGAGCACUUCAACCCCUCUUUUCUGUCCAGAAAAGGAGGAUAUUCUUUCAACUCUAACAACAAGAUUAACUAAUUCAUAUUGGAACUUGCAAGUCAAGCUUUUUUUUACUCCCUCCGCCCAAUUUAUAGUGUCUGUUUACUAUUUACAAGGUCAAACUUUAUCCACUUUUUUUCUCUAUUUUCAUUAGCAACUUGAUAAAAUAAAACUAUUGUCAGUAC